UUCCCCUGCUCAUCUCAGGCGACUGAUACGGUCGCCAAGACUCCUUCCAUCUCCAUCGCUGGUUUUAACUGCACGCUAUCGAUGCUCGAAGUUGUGUCACUUUCACCGAAGCUGUAGCCCGCUCCCGCUUACUUGCCCGUCGUAUGAGCCCGCUCAACUAUCCGCCCGCUUGGCCCUCCGCUCUCUGCUCGCAUCUCGUCAGUCAUCGUCUCGUCACCCCGCGGGCCAUUGACCCUAUUUUCCGACCACGCUUAGUUCUCUCGGCCUCGGGAUGGUACUCGGUGCUGUUCUCGGGCUUUCAGGCGCUGCCCUCUGCCUCGCGGUGCUUCUCUCGGGUGCGCAGCUACUUCCCUCGGGCUCAGACGCCCUACCCUCCACCUCAAAUAGGUCGAAUGAAAUAGACGGAUGCUGCGUUGUAGCGAGGGUAACAUCCUGCGCCACCAAAAUUCCUCCUUCGCGCCACCGGUAUUCCGAAUCCAGACACAGGCUUUUGUGCUAGGUUCAAUAUACGAGUUGCGCUUCUUUGUUUGCGCAGCGGAUGCUGUUGAACAUGCGAAAGCGUAUCCAGCUUGGCGCACU